AUGCUAAGCUUAGGAGCCCACGACAGCUGCCAGUUGACCCCUUUUAAUAGCCACUAUAGUCCAGAGGUGGAGGCCCAAACAGCUGCUGAUGCAGACCUCUCCCCCAAUGCUCCCCCUGUAGGCCUUUGCUCCACCUGCUAUUGGAGAGCACAGGAAUAUGAUGUCAUGUUCCCAGCGGCAAGUGAGACUAUUUUGUUUACUGUGCAUGAAGAUGAUACAGUCCGAGCUGGGCUGCCACCAAAACAUUUCAAGGAAAGCUAUGCUGAAAGAGCAGCUGUUUUAGGGAAAUUUCAAGGCGUCAGUAAAAUUGCUUUCAGUCCUAAAGGGGAUCUGUAUGCUGUCCGUGGUAAUGAUCUGUACGUGGGACCUAUGCCUUCAGCUGGGCAUGAGGACUGGUUCUCUUCUGCCAAAAGAGUGGGUAAAGUUGACUGGAAUGAUUCUCGGCUUCUCUUCUUCCAUCCCAAUGGGGAACUCUACGUGGUAACAACUGAUGGGAUGCUUUACAAAGGCCCAGCUCCAGAUAAUGAACAUGUCUCCUGGUUUUAUGGAACAGCCACCAAGAUAGGGGAUGGAGGGUGGGAAAGUUUUGAUAUUGUUUUCUUUGACCCAAAAGGCAUGAUGCAUGCGGUGGUCAACGAUGGCAAGCUGUUAAAGAGAAGUCCACCAACCUCAGUCUAUGACGAAUGGCGUGAAACAAGCGCCGUAAUUGGUAGUUCAGGGUGGCGUAGAUAUGCCCAUUUUAUGGCUUUCACUCCAGAUGGAAAAAUGUGGUGUGUUGAGACCGAUGAGGGGAAGAUAUACUAUGCAGAUCCGCCAGUCGAAGGAAGUGGCAUAUAUUCUGGAGUUAAUGUAGGAAUAGGAUAUACAAGUUUUCGAUUACUUGCUUUCACUUCAGAUAAAACAAUCCAGAAAAUGAUAAGCUUCGAAUUCCUGCCUGAUUUGGGUAAAACCGUUUCACAAAGCCUUGAAAUCGUUAAGGAUGAAACUUAUCGGAACUCAAAGAGCUCAGUUCCAUUAAAACACACCUUUACGUUUCAGAAAACCAUGAGGGAGUCAAGUUCAUUUUCGCAUGACUACGGGCUCACAGCAUCAGCUGGUACUGAAAUCACAUUUAAAGCAGGAAUUCCAAAAAUUACUGAAGAAGGAAUAAAAAUUACUGUCGAUGUGAGCACAACCAACACAUGGAAUUUCACAAAGAGCAAUGAAACUGAGGUCUCCUUUUCAACAAGCACCGAUGUGGAGGUACCAGGUGGGAAGUCCAUCCGUAUUAUAGCGUCAGUCGUGAAAGCAGAAAUGGAAGUACCCUAUCGGGCCAAGGUCCGCACUGUAUUUGGCUAUGAAUCAACCAUCGAGGGCACGUGGAGAGGAGUCUCACACUUUAAUCUGACGGUUGAACAAGAAGACAUAUGA